AUGUCAUGUGAACAAGAUUUUUAUCAUUCAUCAAUUCAAAACAAAGUCUCUUGGGUACGUCAUCGUGACAUUCAUCUGUUGACAGUUGGACGUUACACCUACACAUCUGAUCAGCGCUUCGAAGCAAUGCAUUCACCACAUGCCGAAGAUUGGACAUUGCGUAUACGCUAUGCACAACGCAAAGAUUCCGGCAUCUAUGAGUGUCAAAUUUCAACAACACCACCGAUUGGGCAUUCAGUGUAUCUGAACAUUGUUGGUAAGUCAGAUAGAUAUGAGUCAUUUAUAACCGAAGAAAGGAUGUAACUUCAUAAAGAAAAAACCAUAAAAGGAAAUAUGAGCAUAAAAACCAAAGUUUAGAAAGGUAAUAAAUUUGAGAGAAGGCGAAUAAAAAAAUCUGGUUCCUAACCAAAGCAACAUCCAAACGU